AUGUCAAGUACACAACAUGAGAGUAUUGUUGAUAAUGAAAUUACUACAUCACAAUCACAAAUACCACCAGAAAGUACUGUUGCCAUUUCAACAGUUGAUGUAGUUGGCGAACCGAUCAAUCAGAGAUGGACAUCAUCAUUACUUAUAUCUAUCGCUGUCGUUGUACUAUCCACUAGUUUUGUUAUGGGAGUUAAUAUUGGUGGUCCGAAUUUAUAUAAUGGUUUUAUUGUUCCAUGGACUCGUGGUCAUCCAUUUCCUUGUCAAAAAGAAGGUAGUACAUCACAAUGGAUAGCACGUAAAUGGUGGGAUUGUGUUUAUAAUGAUACAACAAAAAAUCUCAAUGGUUAUUAUUAUCUUCCUGAAAUAUCUACAAAAGCUCUUAUUGGUCAACGAUUAAAAGAUUCAAUGCAUAAUGUUUUAUUUGUUAUUGGUGGUUUUAUUGGUGCUUUUUCAGGACAAUAUUGGUAUAAGUGUUUAUCAAGACGUAAUGCUAUAUUUGCAAGUAUGCCAUUUCAAUUAGUUGCAUCAAUAUUUAUGAUUAUUACAUUGUAUAUAUAUCGUGGUUAUGAAACAGAUGAUCCAGACCAAACAACUAUCGAUAAAGCAACGAAAAAUAAAGAUGUAGCAAUAAGUUUUUUUUAUAUUUCUCGAUUUCUUUCUGGAUUUUCUGCUGGUAUGUGUUGUGUAGUAUCAACAUCUUAUUUAAAUGAAAUAAGCCCUCGAGCACUUCGAGGUACUGUAGGUUCUUGUCAUCAAUUAGCAAUUGUAAUAGGUAUUCUUUUUGGACAAAUUAUUGGUUUACCAUGGAUAUUAGGACGACAUAAUGCUUGGAAUUGGGGUAUGUCAUGGGUUGGUUUAUUAUCGUUGAUGGGUUCUAUAUUUAUUUGGACAUUACCUGAAAGUCCUCGAUGGCUUGUACAAGAACGAAAACAAAAUGAAGCUGCACAAUCAUUACGUAAAUUACGACAAAGUAAUGAUAUUGAAGUUGAACUAAUUGAAUUUGAAGAAGAAGAAACUGCAUCAAAUAAACAAGAUCUUGGAAUUCUUAAAGUACUUUCAUUAAAUGAAUUUCGAUGGCCAUUAAUCACAAGUUUGGUAUUAAAUGCUAUUCAACAAUUAUCAGGCAUAAAUGCUGUAUUCUUCUAUUCAGGAGAUAUGUUUUCACUAGCUGGUCUACGUGAUGAAAAAGUAUUUUGGGGUAUAUUAGCUACGGGUGUCAUUAAUCUUAUUGCAACACUUGUUGCUUUAAAAUUAAUUGAAUUCUUGGGUCGACGUCCAUUGAUUAUUUGGCCAUUAGCUGGUAUAAUAAUUGUUAUGAUUGGUCUUACGAUAUUGAUUGUUUUAAAUGCAAAAAAUUCCGAAGAUAAGAAAGAUGCACUGGCGAUAGUUAGUAUUAUAUUUAUUCUUCUGUUUAUUAUUUUAUUUGCGGUUGGUCUUGGACCUAUUCCUUUUGUAUACUCAAAUGAAGUAUUUGCUGUUGAAGCACGUGCUGCUGGACUUUCAUCAGCAAUGUUUAUCAAUUGGUUUUGUAACUUUUUAGUUACUUUAUUUUUCUUACCACUUCAAUCAGCAAGCGGAGGUUAUGUAUUUCUGGUUUUUUGUGUACUCGUGGCAUUAUCAUUCGUUCUACUUUUCUUUAAAAUAAAUAAAAAUAAACAUUCAAAUCGAAUGGCUCUAUUCUAUGUUGGCUAUUUAAUAGCUGUAUCAAGUACAAUUGCAUUCAUUCUUGCGAUAUUAACACCAAGAUGGAUCUAUCCAACUUUUCCUACAUAUCCGAAUGCAACAAAUUAUCGUGGAAUUUUUUAUGUUGAUGAAGGUCGCACAGAUGCAAUAUGUCGUGAUUGGAUUCUUGUCUAUAAAGAUUCAGUAGCUUCAUGUCGACCACCGUAUGCUGUUGCAUGUGCAGCAUUAUCAAUUAUAGCAUCAUCAUUGUCGAUAAUUCUUCUUUGGCUUGCUGGUGGUUAUCUUUAUCUUCGUCGUCGACGUCUUGCUCCUCAUUUCGUAACAGCUUUAGCUGCAUUAACAUUUUUAAUUUUUUGUAUUAGUGUAGUCAUAUGGAUUGUAAUGAUUACAAUGAAUCGUGAUGCAAAUUUAACAAUUCGUCGUGAAAAUAUUGGUUUUUCAACAUGGAUUGCUGUUGGUUCAAGUGGUGGUUAUUUAAUUGCGUUUAUAUUAUUUAUUAUCUAUCGUAUUGAUCUUGGCCAUCGAAGUUCAUCUCACGAUCUAUAUUCAGCAUAA